AUGGCUUCCACCGCUGCCUCUAGCCUCUUAGUUUCACAGAAACUUUUCCACGGAAGCUACGGCUCUAUUGGAUUGGGAUCCCCCAUCCCUGGCUUUUCAAGUUUCAAACUUUCUUGCCGCUUUUUUGGUUCAUGGAAUUCGGAUCAGGUUGGUGCACCUAUCAAAUGGAACUCAAACUCACGCCUCAAGAAUGUUCGAUAUUCGCCUUCUUUGAUCUUCUCAUGUGCCAGUGGGACGUCCGAGCCCUCAGUGUUCACAGAUUCAUCCCCCCGUGGGGGUGCUGCUGCUGAGGGAGUGGUAGUGCUGGUCAUUGGUGGAGGAGCAAGGGAACAUGCACUUUGCUGUGCCCUGCGACGAUCUCCAUCAUCUGGUGCAGUCUUCUGUGCACCUGGAAAUGCCGGCAUUUCUAAAGCAGGAGAUGCCACUUGUGUCUCAGACCUUAAUAUUGCUGACAGUCCAGCUGUAAUUUCUUUCUGCCGCAAGUGGGGAGUUGGACUUGUUGUGGUUGGACCAGAGGCUCCUCUUGUUGCUGGUCUAACGAAUGAUUUAGUUAAGGCUGGAAUCCUUACCUUUGGCCCCACAGUAGAAGCUGCUGCACUGGAAGGUUCUAAGGAUUUCAUGAAAAGCUUGUGUGACAAGUACAACAUUCCCACAGCCAAGUAUAAAACGUUUACUGACCCGUCUGCAGCAAAGAAAUACAUCAAGGAGGAAGGGGCACCAAUUGUCAUAAAAGCAGAUGGGUUGGCUGACGGAAAGGGAGCUAUUGUUGCCAUGACAUUGGAGGAGGCAUAUGAAGCAAUUGACUUGAUACUGGUUAUGGGGGCUUUUGGUUCUGCAGGUUGCAAGGUCAUUGUUGAGGAAUUUCUUGAAGGAGAGGAAGCUUCUUUUCAUGCCCUGGUUGAUGGAGAGAAUGCCAUAGCCAUGGAAACUUCUCAAGACCAUAAACGAGUUGGGGAUGGCGAUACAGGGCCUAAUACUGGCGGGAUGGGGGCUUACUCUCCGGCGCCGAUCUUAACUCUCGAGCUGCAAUCUUUUGUCAUGCAGUCUAUCAUUCUCCCAAUUGUCAAAGGGAUGGCAGCGGAAGGUCGCAAGUUUGUUGGCGUUCUCUAUGCGGGACUCAUGAUUGAGAAAAAGUCUGGGUUGCCUAAAAUGAUUGAGUGCAAUGUGCGCUUUGGAGAUCCGGAGUGUCAGGUAUUGAUGGCUCGUUUGGAAUCGGAUCUGACUCAAGUGCUGCUGGCAGCUUGUAAGGGAGAGUUAAGAGGAGCAACACUUGAGUGGGCGCCUGAAUUUGCUAUGGUGGUGGUAAUGGCAAGUAAGGGCUAUCCAGUGGCCUCUGUAAGUGGAACUGUGAUUCGGAAUCUUGAAGCAGCAGAAGCUGUUGCUCCAUCUAUCAAGAUACUCCAUGCUGGAACAACUUUCGACUCAGAUGGCAAUUUUGUUGCUGGUCGAGGCCGUGCUCUUGGGGUCACUGCCAAGGGGAGGAAUUUGGAAGAAGCACGUCAAAGAGCUUACCAAGCAGUUGAAACCAUCAACUGGCCAGGAGGGUUCUGCCGACAUGACAUUGGGUGGAGAGCACUUCCAAAGAAUCAAUUCACAGAAAAAAGUGGUUGAGCCUCAGAUGCAAUCUCAUCGGGCAUAUUCCAAUAUGAGGAGUUUAGUUUUAGAUUUAUUAAAGGCAAACUGAGGAAUUUUUUUGGCCUCGGUCGAGAAGGU